AUGGUCAUCAUAUAUAUUUAUUUUUUAGUGUGUUCAAUUAUUAUAAGAUAUGUAAAAACAAGAAUUUCAUAUGAUGAGAUUAUAUCUUUUAAUAAUUUGAAUGAAAAAAAUGUAUUAACAUAUUAUAGUUAUGAUGACGAUUCUGAUGAAUGUUAUAUGUGGUAUUAUUUUAAAGAAGAUUUUUUUGAAAUAUAUUAUUUAAAAGAUGAAUAUAAUAUAAUAAAGAAAAAACAACGAGAAAUGAUUAACAAAGGUGUUAUCCAGACAGAAAUAUGGGACAAUAUGUAUAAAAAUAAUAUUGAUAAUAUUAAUAAUAUUGAUAAUAAUAAUGUGGAUUAUAAACAUCAUAACUUCUUGGAAAAUCCAAAUAAUAGUAACUCGUGGAUUCUUAGCGAUAAUAUUUGUUGUAAAGAAGUAUUAAUUUUUAUAGAUAAAGAAAAAGUGAAUUGUAAUAAAUCUUUAUCCUCAUUUAUCAUAAGAGUAAAUAAAAAAAAAGAAGAAGAAAAGAGUUAUAUUUCUGUUGAAUAUAAUGUAAGCAGUCACAUUUACAUUAUAGAUAAUGUUAUUAUUACAUACGCUAAUAAAACAGAGAAAAAAUUUUUAUAUAUUCUUACAGAUAAUAAUAAGAAAAUAAAUUAUCAUAAAAACGAUAUAUUUGAUAUGUAUUAUAAUACAAAAUAUGUAGAUUAUGUAAAAGUAUUAUUUAACAAGGUAAGAGGAUAUCAUGAAUUAAAUAUAAAGACAAAAGAUAAAAUAGGUAAAACAAAAAUCUUUAUUAUAUUAAGAAAUAAAUGUAAACAUAUAUUUAUUACUAUACUAUUAUAUAUAUAUGAACAUUUAUUUUUACUUCCUAAUAAUACAUAUGUCAUACCAGGAAAUAACAUAAAAUUAGUUUUAAGAAAAACAAAUUAUAAUCAAGCAUACUAUGAAAAAAACAAGGUAGUUAAUAAUUGUUUAUAUGUUUUUGCAAAACAUAAACAUAUUUUUAAAACUUAUAAUAUUAAUAUGCAGCCCUUAAAAAUGAAAAAAAAUAUAUAUAAACCUAAUUAUUACAAUGAUUAUGAUUAUAAUAAUAUUAAAAAAAUAUAUAAUAAUAUGUCUCUAUAUUAUGAUGAUUUCCCAGAACCAACAGCUCAACUAUAUUAUGAUAAAGUAAAACGGUCUGAACAUGAGCCUGAACAUUUAUCUUUUUAUCAUUAUUAUAAAUAUUUGGAAUUUAUAAAACAUGAACAAGUUAAAGAACAUAUAGAACUUAUGCAAUGUCUUAAAAAGUAUCAUAUAACAAAUUUUGGAUAUAAAUAUAAAAUUAUGCCUAGUGAUGAAUAUGAUAUAAUUAAAAAUGAUGUAAUACAAAUAAAAAAUAAUAAUAAUAAUAAAAAUAAUAAUAAAAAUAAUAUUUAUAAUAGUAAUAAUAUUCAUAAUAUUCAUAAUAUUCAUAAUACUCAUAAUAUUCAUAAUACUCAUAAUAUUCAUAAUACUCAUAAUACUCAUAAUACUCAUAAUAUUCAUAAUAUUCAUAAUACUCAUAAUACUCAUAAUAUUCAUAAUAUUCAUAAUAGUAAUGAUUAUAAAAUCAAAAUACACGUUUUAGUAAAAAAUGUACAAAAUAAUCAAUCCUUUUCUUCAAUUCUUUACAUAUAUAAUAUACACCAUAUAAAUAUUGAUUGCUUUUAUCCCUCCUAUAUUAUAUCACACAUGAUAGAAUAUAAUAUAAAUAAUAAAGAUAAAAAUAUACAGAAACAAAAUAAUAAGUAUUAUUUAGAAAAAAAUAUAAAAAGAUGGUAUGAAGAAGAUCCUUUUAUUCCUAUAGAAAUGUUAUACUUGAAAUACCAUUUUUUUUAUAAACAUUAUUAUUAUUUUAAUAAUUAUUAUAUAAAUAGAUAUUUUAAAAUAAAUAGAAAUAAUUCAAAUGAAGAAAAAAAAAAAAAGAAGGUAGGAACACCUGAAGAAAAAGUAAAUUUAUUAACAAACAAUAAAUAUCUUUGUUUUAUUAAAUUAGUAAGUGAUGAUAAAAACAAAGAAAAUAUAUAUUAUAAUAAUUUAAUAAAUUCAAAUGAUAAUAAAAUAAUAAAUUGGACUAUAACCCCUAUAAAAAAUAAUCUUAAUAUGAUCAAUAUGUACACAUUUGAAAAAGAGCUAGCUCAAUUAUUUUUAACAUUUAAUCAUAUGAAAAAAUCAAAUUUUUUAGAAAUAUCAUAUGACGAAUACAAACCAAUGAAACAAUAUAUUACAUAUUCAAAGAAAAUUAAAUGUUAUAUUAAAGAAGAUGUGUUAAUGUCUACUCUUUAUAUUCUUCCUGAUGAAACCAUUUAUUUUAAAUGUUCUGGAGGUCUUAAAAAUACUUAUAUCAUCAAUAUAUUUAAUAAAUAUGAUUUUAUUCAUAUACAUGUUAAUGAUAAAAAAAAUUUUAUCCAUUUAAAAGAAAACAAACAUGAGAAACAAAAAGGAAAAGAAAGACAUAAACAAAAUGGUUAUUCUAAGGAUAAAAAAAAAUAUCUUAAUUAUUUACAUAAUAAAUAUUAUAAUGAUAUGUUAUAUUUAAUAAUCAUACAAUUUUGUGAUGAACAUAAUGUUAAUAAUUGUUUUAUUUCCAAAAUAUAUAUAAUACGAAAUAUACAUAAUUAUUAUAUUGUAUUAGAAAAGAAUACAAUAGAAAUAAAUCAAACAACGAAAGCUUAUGUUUACAUGUAUUAUGAUAUAAGUAAAGGUUAUAAAGAAAGAAAAUAUAGUUUAUUAAAAUAUGCACAUAAUAAAAAAAAACAAAACAAAAACAAAAAUAAAAAUAAAAAUUUAGGUUUGAAUGUAAUACAUAAAAAUCAGAAGAAAAGAAAUGAUAAAAUGAAUGAAAAAAAAAAAAAAAAAAAAGAAAAAAAAAAGGAUGAUUAUUAUAAUAUUUAUAAUAAAUAUGAUAUGUAUAAUAAUAUAUACCAUAAGAAUGAUAUCAAUCAUUUGAAUAGUUCGUCACAUCUUGUUCCUCUAACUUUUUGUUUUUAUAAAAUACACAAUAAUUUAAUUAUUAAUUAUGAUAAAACAUAUACAGAUAUAAAUAAGAACGUUACCAAAUAUGCGAAAGAGAUAGAUCAACAAUAUAAAGAUUCUUGUGGCUAUUUUUAUAUAAAAGGGAAAAAAAAAGGAAAAACCAAGAUACAAAUAAAAUAUAUAAAAGGUAAAUAUAUGGAAUAUAAUAAUUUCAUAUUAAAUAUAGAUAUAUAUAAUAAAAUAAAUGCUUUGUUUUGUGUAGAUUUUGUAUGUAGUAAAUAUAUUAAACAUAACCAAUUUAUCCAUUUAAUCAUAUAUGAUGGUUUUAAUAAAAAAAUACCAUAUGAAAUAAAUAUUUCUUCUGAAGAUUAUAAUAAUAAAAAUAUAAUAAUAAUAAAAGAAAAUAAAAUAUUUAAUAAAUUAUUUAACAUAAGAGGUAGUUUAUUGUUUCAUAAUAUAUUUCUUGAUGAACAAUUUUCAUCUAUAUUCCAAAAUCAAUUUUAUAGACACAUAUAUAAUCCAAAGAAACAUAAUUAUCAAAAUGUAUGUUGUGAUGUCCAAUAUAUAAAAAAAAAAGAAAAUAAUAAUAAUAAUAAAAGUAAAAAAAAUGAUUACAGUGAGAACAAUUAUUAUUUUGAUGAUGAUAAAUAUUUAUAUAAACAAUUUAUUAUUUUCUCAGAUGAUAAUACAAACUUUUAUCCAGUCAAAUUGUAUAACAGAAAAUUAUUCGAGUAUGAUUUUAUUUUUAAUUAUGCAUUUAACAAAGAAUCAAUAAACAACAACAAAAAAAAAUAUAUUAAUAAAAAUUAUAAUAAAAUGAAUUAUUUGUGUUCAUGUAGUAAAUAUGCUAAUGUGUUACUUCGUCAAAGAAAUUAUUAUAAAAAUGAAAAACAAAAAAGGGGGAAUAUAUAUAGUGAUACAUAUAGUGAUAUAUAUAAUGAUAUACAUAGUGAUAUGUAUGAUGAUAUGUAUAAUGAUACACAUAGUAAUAUUUAUAAUGAUAUGAUAUCAUAUUAUGAUAAUUUCGUUUCUGUACAGAAAUAUUAUUUUAUUUAUGGUACGUAUGAAAAAAAAGGUCAUAAUACUUCAAAUAUAAUAAUACAAAUGAAAGAUAAAGAAAACAAAAAUAUUAAGAGUACUAAUUUUUUCCCAGUACAUAUUACAUAUCCAUCUUCUAUUCAAAUGGUUAUUUUUGAUAAGCACCUUGAUAAAUUAUAUGCUAUACAAGAUAUGAUAAUUCCCAAAAAAGGAGAAAACAACAAUCAUAAUAAUAUAACAAAUAAUAUAACAAAUAAUAUAACAAAUAAUAUACAAAAUAAACAAUAUCAUCAUAGUUGUAAUCCUCUUUAUAAUUUUAAUAUUUUGUCAUUGUAUAAUAACCAUAAUUAUUUUUUUAAAACUUUUCUUAUAGACGACAAAGAAAAUGUUAUAUUAACAAAUGAAAAAUUUACAUAUACUCUCAAGCCGUUCUUGAGAAAUUUUCAUCCAGUAUGUUAUAAAAAUAAAUCACAUUAUCUAGAAAAUGAACAAAACAUAAGGAAAAUUAUUAUAAAUACAAAUAAUAGAGUAUUAUUAAAUCAUACAUUGCAAAAUAAUUAUAAUAAGAACUUAAAUAAAUAUAGUCAUACUAACAAUCAACAUAUUAAUAUACAUAAUUAUUAUCCCUCAUUCUUAUUCUUGUCGUUAAUAGUUGAAUAUAAAUAUAUAAAAGAUGAAGAAACUUAUAUAUAUGAAAAGGAAUUAUUCAUUACAUUUUAUGAUCAAAUAUAUAUAAAUAGUUUGACACAUUUAUAUUUGUUUUAUUCUCCUUUAGUUUAUUAUAAGAUAUAUGUAUGUAAUAUACAUAAAGAUUUUAUUUUUGAUUAUUAUUUUAAAGGCAAAUAUUAUAAUCAAAUAAAUGUAAUAUUUAACAAUGAAUAUGAAUGUGAAGAUGAUAAAGAUAGAUUUCUUCAAAAUAUACCAUCAUAUAUGAAAAAAUUGAAACAGACAUAUAUUAUUAAAGAAAUUGAUAUGGUCAAAAAAACGGAUACAUCUUUUAAUAAUAAUUGUUCUUCUUUAUAUAUUAAUUCUACAUAUAUAAAUGAAGGUAUAUUAUAUAUAUAUAAUAAUAAUAAACAUUUUUUUGAAAUCAAACCAUCUCAUUUAAAUAUAUCCUAUAAUGAAAUAUCACACAUAAAAAUUUCCUUGUCCUCUUCAUUUUAUAAUAUGAAAGAUUUACUUAUUUUAAGACUAGAAUUUUUUAAUAAAUAUAAUCAAAAAUUUGUUAAUCAAAUGCCUUUACAACUUUUCAAAAUAAAAUUAUUAUAUAAUUAUAACAAAAUUAAUUUAAAUCUUAUACAAAAUGAUUUUAAGAACUCUAAUUAUAAUAUUAUCAAAAAUAUUAAAUCUUUAUUUGAACAACAAAAUAAAGAAGAUCAAGACAUGAUCCUUUCCGAUGUAUUUUAUUAUAUAGAUUGUCAAAUCGUAGGUACAUACUAUAUACAAAUUGAACUUACAUAUGAUAAUCCAGAAAUUAAUAAUAAGAAAUUUAAAUAUAAAUCUAUAAUAUCUAAUAUGGUACAUUUAUUAGUGUAUUCACCUGGAAAAUUAUUGCACAAUUAUUAUGAAGAAAAGCAACUUGCGGAAUUCCAAAAAGGAAAACAAAAAAAAAAACAAAUGCAAAAAAAAAAACAAAUGCAAAAAAAAAAACAAAUACAAGAACAAAUACAAGAACAAAAACAAAUACAAAUACAAGAACAAGAACAAGAACAAAUACAAAAACAUGAUGAUAAUUCAAAUAUAAUAAAAAAUGUUAUUUCCAAUUUUAUAAAUAAUAUAAUAAAAAAUCUUAUAAAUGAUAAAACAGAACAACCAAACAAAAUAAUAAUGAAUAAACAAAAUAAUAAUCAUAACAUAGCACAUAUUCUGUUACAUCCAUCAAAUCAAAGUAUUCAAUUAAUUUUUAAAUUUGAUAAUCCAUAUAUAUACAAAAUAUUAUGUGUUUCAAAGAAUUAUUCUAUAGUAGUACCUACCAUAUUAUAUGAACAUAAUAAUAAUAAUAAUAAAAGUAAUAAAGGACAAUAUAGCUGUCUCAUCAAAACGAACAAUGUUGUAGGUAAUACAGAAGUACACAUAUAUCCUAUCUUUAUAGAUUAUUUUAACAUAUUCGUAUUACAAAUAAAAAAUUAUAAAAAAAUAAAACAAUUUGUUAGUCUAGAAAAAUAUGAUUUACAUUUUCAUGACAUUGAAACAUAUUAUAUUAAUUUUUGUAAAUAUAAAAUUCAUCAUCCAAUUUGUAUAGAUUCAGAAGAACUAAAAAUUAUGCGCCAACACUAUUUUUUACAAGUACAUAUUAAUCUUGAUUAUAUAAACUCUGUCCAAUUUGUAAAUGAACAAAGUGAAUAUACACUAUACGUUCCAUUAAAAAAAAAGUUCUAUACAUUUCUUAUAUUUCAAAACCAAACUAAGGAUAUUUUUGAACACAUAGAUUUUAAAGCUAUGUAUGAAAAAAAUUCAAAUGAAAAAUUCUUUAUUUUAGAAUAUUUUGCUGAUACUGAUUCUAUUGUUUUACAUGAUAAAAGAGAAUGUGUUACGUUAAAUAUCACAACAUGCUUGUCACCAUAUAAAAGAAAGGAAGGAAAAAAUAAAAGGAUAUUUGAAAAAGGUCAUUCCGUAAUUCAACCUAAUAAUGAUAAUAUAGAUAAGCAUAUUUUAACAAAUAAAAAAUAUAACAAAAUAUUAAAAGUGCUAAAAAAUUCGUCGGACACAUUCUUAUCUAUGAAAACAUAUAAAGAAGGUAAUUAUAUAUUAUAUGUAAAAUUAAUUAGAGAUAAUAAUAUUAUUGUAUCAAAAAAAUAUAAUAUUGUUGUAACAAAUAAUAUACAUGAACAAAAAAGAAAUACACUAACCCUAGAGUUAAGUACCAAUUCAAUUUAUAAUUUUUAUAAACAUUUUCGUCUUUUUAAAAUGUUUCAAAUAUAUAAUUUAUCACAUAUAGAAAAAAUUAAAACACCACCAUAUGAAUGUACAUAUAUUUCUUCUCAUUAUUAUGUAAAUAGAAAUAAUAUUCCUGAUAAAAAAGGAAUUGUUAAAAUAACAAUCAAUAUAUCACAUAUAUAUAGUGCUACUAUACAGAACUAUUAUACAAAAUACAUUCCAUUAAAUGUUAUACAAUAUUUUUAUAUUCACUUAUAUAAUAAAAAUAUGCAAAAGAUUUCAUUCCCAUCAAAUGGUAAACUUAUUUUAAACGUAUCACAUCCAAAUAUAUUAGAUACUAUCAUUAUGAACAAUAGUCAUAUCUAUAUUAUUCCGCAUAAAAUAGGAUGCUCAUUUAUUAAUAUACAUUUUAUUUUAUAUACAAAUUAUAAAGAAUAUGUUCAAACCGAUCAACAAAAUCGAAAAAUUAUAUACAUAGAUAAUUUACACUUAUGUGUUGUAAACUCUAUGAAACUAAAACAUUUUCAUAAAAAAUAUCAUAACUUAUAUUAUCCGAAAAACACAUAUCAACUAUUAAAAGGAUACAAUUAUGAAUUCUCAUAUCAACCAUAUAUAUGUCUAAAAGAUGUUAUGAAAAAAACAAACAAACAAACAUUUCGUCCAUAUAUAUUAAACAAAACUAAUUUUUCUCAUAUGUAUAAAUAUUAUGAAGAAACAAGUUUUAUCAAAAAUAUAAAUGAUUAUUUACUUCAUCCGGUUCAUAAACAUUAUUCUAUAAUUAAUGAUAACUGUACCUUUAUCAAAACCUAA